AUGCCUAUACUUGUAAAGAAAUAUGGUAAAGUAAACAAAGUAGACUCAACUACACAAAAGCAAAUUAUAGAUUCGAUAGAAUUAUUCUAUCAUAGUGACUUUGAACGUUUCAAAGUCACUUUCACUCACCCAAGCAUAAAAUAUGUUUCCUUUUCCAAUCAAUUAGGCUAUGUAUUAGGGUUCCAAAAUCCAAAUAUGGUAUUAAACAAUGAAAUUGCCAAGUACGGGUGUGAUUUACGAGGAGGUUUCUCAAGUUUCGCUGUAUAUUCCAAAGGACUUACUGAAAGUAUGAUAAUAGGGAAUUCACUUAGUUCACUCCUAAGAGUUGUUUCUGUAGCAGGAGCCACCCCAGGACAAUAUUAUGAGAAAAUAUAUGAUUCACCAAUUUAUGCCCGAGUUUUACCAAAAGAAGUUAAUGAGAUUGAGAUUGAACUGAGAACAAUGGAUAACGGUCGACCUGUACCAUUUGAAUUCGGUACAGUGCUCCUGGUCCUAAUAUUUAAGAAGGUGAUAAAUUUCUGAUUUUCAUUUACAAAUUAAAAAUGGUGCACAUUUUAUUUGAUACAAGUACUGUGAGUUAUGACGAUUUUAUUCUUCCAAUGAAAGGAGGAGGAAUUACUGAUGACUAUUUUAAAGGUGCAGCUCCCUUUCAGAGAGGUUAUGGUCAAAGGGGUGCAGGCAUUGGGGAUAUUAUGAGAGGACUUUGGAGAUUUUUCCUACCAAUUAUGCGACGUGUAGGUACCACUGUUUCA